GUGCUUGAUCGUAGAAAAGUCUGGAAGCGAGGUUGAUGAUGUUGAGUGUAUUUAUAAGUUUAGCCUUCCCCUUAAUAAUUACAUAACUAGUAGGAACAAUCGCUUCGAAACUUCGAAACUCAUAAUUACUUCGCGCUAUGACGGAUCCACUUACACUGAUUGGCGGCCUUGCAGCUAUAAUGCAACUGGCUGGUUCCGUGGUGAAACUAACGAGAGAAUUGCGUGUUUGUGUGCGGGCGAUACGCUCCGCGCCAAAGGAAAUCGAAGGUUUUAUACUUGAGACCUCCAUAUUUACUGACCAUCUUUGUUAUUUUCAUGAGGUCGCGAAAGAAUCCGCAGCUGUCAUGAGUGAACAUUCUAAGGCAAAGCGAGCCGAAUUGAUACAGAAAAUCUUGAGGCAGUGUAAGUCUGUCAAGAGAGGGUUCGCUCGCCUCGUCCAGUGUUUUACCGACGUUAAUGGUGUUGACACGGCGCCUUUAAAUACGUUCUGGGCACGAUUGCUGUGGCUUUGGAAGCGGCCAGAUGUGCCAGAGUUACGCUUAAAUCUUCAAAGCGCAACAGCAAAUGUCACAUUGCUGUGCAAUUUAUUCAUGUUUGAAGAAUUGAGGAGACGGAACGUGGAUAGCGAAAAGCUGAACGGCUUCGAAACUGGGUAGCGACAGCUAAGAAGUUGAGACGCGAAUUGGCCGAGUAUAAGAAGCGCAAGUCGCCGUUAGAUGUACCAGAAACGAUCCUGGAAGAUUCACACGAUGCGAUCGCAGAGGAUAGCCGCCAGUUGGAACGAUAUGUUGUCCAUGCAAUCCGAUCAUAUACUCAGCGAGAAGCUCUUUCAACAAGUACAAGGCCUUCGCGUCGAGGACCCCCGGGUCUAACAAUUCGGAAAACUCAAGACGCUACAGCUUCGUCAAAGUCCACAAAGAU